AUGAGAUCCUUAACAGAAGAAGAAACAAAGAUUGUGUUCGAGAAGUUGGCGAACUAUAUUGGUAGAAAUAUUUCGUUUUUAAUUGACAAUCCAACGAACCCUCAUGUUUUCCGUUUGCAGAAAGAUAGAGUAUACUAUGUAUCAGAACAAAUAGCAAAUUUUGCUACUUCAGUGUCAAGACACCAGUUAAUGUCGAUCGGUACUUGUUUUGGGAAGUUUACCAAGACUGGGAAGUUUAGAUUACAUAUCACUGCUUUACCAUACUUAGCACAAUACGCAAAGUUUAAGGUCUGGAUUAAGACCAACGGUGAGAUGCCUUUCUUGUACGGUAACCAUGUAUUGAAGGCCCAUAUUGGUAGAAUGUCAGACGAUAUUCCAGAACAUGCGGGUGUCAUAGUUUACUCGAUGAACGAUGUUCCGUUAGGGUUUGGGGUAAGUGCUAAGUCGACUAAUGAAGCUAGGGCAUUACAGCCAACUGGUAUUGUUGCAUUCAGACAAGGAGAUAUUGGUGAAUAUUUGAGAGAAGAAGAUACGUUAUUCGCUUAA